GCACAGUCGCGGCUCGAUCGACGUCUGAGCAGGCUGCUGGCUGGGUGCUAUUAAAGUGUCAGUUUUAGUUUGCUGUGGAUAUUACAGAAGUCUUUCCAAGGUCUGAGACAACUAUCAAACAUCUGCCACUGCAAACCUGCUUCCUGUUGGAAACUAUGCAGAAAAUGAGCUACUUCUUCCCUCUGCUCUUCAUCUGCCUGGAUGUGUGUUUGGUGCACUCCAUCCGCCUGGCCCAGUUCUCACCUCACCUCCUCUCCCAUCCGUUCAUCACCCUGUGGGGAGGAGGGCUGGUCCGGGCCUGCCUCCUCAUGCUCGUCACCAAGACAUAUCCUGGAAGCUUGCCGUGGAUGAGCAGCUUCGAGGGGCUCCAGAGCUUAGGGGUGCUUUGCUUCCACUUCCCUGUGUACACCACUCUUCUCUGGGCACUGGGACAGUCCACCAUGGAGGAAGUCUUGGGGUGGCACUCCUGGGAAAAGGUGCUACAGGGUUAUGUUGUGACAGUAGUGGCCUGGAUCUACUGGAGUCGAUACGUGUCAUCCCUUUUACUCUCCUUCAGUGGAUACAUCUCGUCUCGGUUCACCAAGAUGCCCUCUGAGAAGCCCAAAGAGGGCACUGAUGCCAAUCUGAAGAGACUGAUGGAAUUCAUGCGGCCCCAUUUGUGGCGUUUUGUUGCUGUGCUUAUUCUUGUGGUUCUCUCUUCUUAUGGUGAGAUGGCUGUUCCUCAGUACACUGGUCGUGUGGCUGACUGGAUCAUAAACGAAGAAGCACCUGAUGCAUUCUCAGAGGCCAUCACAGCCAUGACCCUAAUGACUGUAGCGAGUGCUGUGCUGGAGUUUGUGUGCGACCUCAUAUACAACAUCACCAUGAGCCUCAUACACACCUCAGUGCAGGGACUCGUCUUCCAGGCUGUGCUGAAACAAGAGAUUGCGUUCUUUGAUGGCAGUACAACAGGUGAACUAGUGUCCCGCAUCACCACAGACACCAACAGCAUGAGCGAGGCUCUGAGUGAGAAACUAAGUCUUGUGAUGUGGUACACAGCGCGUUUUGCCUUCCUUUUGUACUUCAUGGUGAGCCAAUCGUGGAAAAUGACCCUGCUCACUUGUAUGGGGCUGCCCAUCAUCUGGGUCAUACCUAAGCUCACUGGACACUUCCACCAGGCCAUUGCUGUAAAGGUUCAGGAGUCGCUGGCUAAAGCCAACCAGGUGGCCACAGAGACUUUCUCCAGCAUUAAGACAGUGAGGAGUUUUGCCAACGAGGAUGGUGAGACAGAGAGGUACAAAAAGCAGCUAGACGACACUUACACCCUUAACGAAAAGGAAGCAGCAGCAUAUGCAGCCUCUACCUGGGCCAACAGCAUGACCACUUUGGCCCUGAAGGUGUGUAUUUUGUACUAUGGUGGGACUCUUGUGACCAGGGGCACUGUUAGCAGUGGAGACCUGGUGUCAUUUGUCCUUUAUGAGCUACAGUUUACCUCUGCUGUCGAGGCUGUCAUGCGUUAUUAUCCAGAGGUGAAGAAGGCAAUCGGUGCCUCUGAGAAGAUAUUUGAGUAUUUAGACCGGAAACCUCAAGUACCUCCAGAUGGCACUUUGGCCCCUAAAAAUCUCAGGGGACACAUUCAGUUCAAAGAUGUCACAUUUUCCUAUUCUGGCAGUACAGAUGAAAACAGUGUUGUGCUUAAGAAUGUUUCUCUGGAGGUAAAGCCAGGCCAAAUCACUGCCCUUGUGGGGCUAAACAGAUCAGGGAAGUCCACCUGUGUCAAGCUGUUGGAGAGGUUUUACCAGCCCUGCUCAGGGAAGAUCCUGCUGGAUGGGGAACCUCUGACGAGCUACAAAGACCAAUACCUGCAUGACAAGAUUGCUGUGGUGAGCCAGGAUUGUGUGCUGUUUGCUCGUUCUGUGCGGGACAACAUCAAGUAUGGCUACGAGGAUGCCUCUGAUGAGGAGAUGUACAGGGCCGCCCGGCUGGCUAGUGCCCACGGGUUUAUCGAGCAGCUGUCAAAUGGAUACAACACAGACGCUGGGGAGAAGGGAGGCCAGGUGUCUGGAGGCCAGAAGCAACGUAUUGCUAUUGCUAGAGCUUUCAUCAGGCGUCCUAAAAUCCUGAUACUGGACAAUGCCACCAGUGACUUGGACACAGAGAACGAAUACCAGGUCCUCCAAGCUUUGUUGAACCAUACCAACAACUGCUCGGUGCUGCUGAUAUCCACUAAGAUGAGUAUUGCAGAGAAGGCCAAUCAUAUAAUUGUCCUCAACAACGGGAUGGUCGAGGAAGAAGGCAGUCAUGAUGAGCUGAUGAAGAAAGGUGGCCUUUAUGCUGACCUUGUGGAAAAGCAGAAUAGGGGCUUUCACCGUCAAGAAGAGGAGAGGAAUGAUACACAGUGAUAGAUGUGGGCAGAGGUUGAGUUGAGUUACAGGAAGGCUACUGGUUUAAAGUCCAGACUUAAUAGGAUAAAACUUAAGCCACACUUGUUGCAUAAAGAGCACCUUAAUUGUGAGACGGCACUUUAUACCACAUGUAUAGAGUUUUGACCCUUUAAGAUUGUUUCCCUUCUUCUUGUACCUCAGAAGUAGGUGAAGGUAUAGCAGAAAUCCCUACUCUAGAAUUCAAGAAUACUGACGGGGAAAAAUAUAGAUACCCUUUAGUCAGCAGCCCCUGAGCUAGCCCCAGACACUCCAUACCAUACCAUACCAACUUUAUUUAUAAAGCACUAAAAAACAACCAGAGUGGACCAAAGUGCUGUACAUUGC